GUCUCGGAGAACUUCUGCACCGACUGAAAACAACCGGUGGCGGCGGUGCUGAUGAUGAGCCCGAGUCUCACUCUUGUCAGCGCGGACGGCUUCGCCCCACGGACGCAUUCAAGGUGAUGGGCUCCUGAAAGUUCGUUGCAAACGUCGACUUCGAUCGAAGCGGAGGAUAUUCGAUUCCAGGACCAGACGAUGUCUCCUCAAGGUGUAGCCUUCUCUAUCGGAGUGUUCCACCUGAUGCUGUCAAUCGUUCAAUACGAAUGUGCAAGCGAGACUCAUACGGAAAGCUCCUCGAAUCUGUAUCGGUCAUUAGACCGCAAUCUAGAGCCGUCCGACGACAACGCGACCCUAUUGUGUAAAAUUUCGGAGAAGACGGGCUGCUCCCUUUGCCACUACAGACAAAUCAGGAGAGACCUCAAGCCUUUUUCGGAAGGUAUCAGCCGGGAGGAUCUGAAUCGAGCGGCGAAAUUCGGAGUUCGCUACCAAAUCAUCCAGGGACGUGUGUUCCGGCAGAAGGAGUGCAUGUUCCCAUUCAGAUGCUCCGGAAUCGAACACUUCCUGUUGCGGCUUGCGCCGAAGCUACCCGACCUUGAAUUCAUAGUUAAUGUUCGGGACUAUCCUCAAAGUCCCGUUGGCAGAGAGAAGCUUCCCGUUUUUUCGUUCAGUAAAGUGCCGAAGAACUACUACGAUAUCCUGUAUCCGGCAUGGACUUUCUGGGAAGGAGGGCCAGCCAUAAGCAUAUAUCCACGAGGAAUCGGAAGAUGGGAUAUCCGAAGCAAGAGUCUCAUAGCCGAAUCGGAGCGAGUGCCGUGGGACGCCAAAGUAGACCGAGGAUUUUUCCGGGGAUCUCGAACCUCAGCUGAGCGAGAUCCCCUCAUUAAACUAUCUAGACGUCUCCCUGAGCUCGUCGAUGCCAUGUAUACUAAGAAUCAAGCCUGGAAAUCGGAUAGAGACACACUCGGUGCACCGCCGGCAGCAGAAGUUUCUUUCGAAGACCAUUGUAAAUUCAAGUUCCUCUUCAAUUUCCGCGGUGUGGCCGCCAGCUUCAGAUUCAAGCAUUUAUUCCUGUGCAAGAGCCUCGUUUUCCACUUCGGCCCGACCCAGAGCGAGAAUGAUUGGAUUGAGUUUUUCUAUCCGAUGCUGAAACCGUGGAAACACUACAUCCCCAUCUCUCAGAAUGAAGUCGAUCAGCUCGAGACCGUAAUCGAGUACUUCAAAGAACAUCAAGAAGUUUCGCAGAGCAUCGCGGAACGCGGCUUCGAAGCGAUUCAGCGCCAUCUACGGAUGAAGGAUAUUCAGUGCUACUGGAGAAAGCUCCUGAAGAGUUACGCGGCCCUGAUGAAAUUCGAAGUCCAACGUGAUAGGACCCUCUACGAAAUCAAAACAAAGACGGAGGGAAGCUCCGCUGGAGGGGGAGUCACGAGCGUUCCGGAUCGUGAUGAGUUGUGA